AAUCAUAUUUUGAUGUCAUCAGGACCGGGUUUGUUUACGUGUGCAGUGCAAGAACAUCUUUAACAUAAAUUUAUUUAAAAAACAGACUUAUUUUUAUAAUAUAUUUAUAAUAUAAAGCAUUUCCAAUUUACGGUAAUUUUGGAUCAUUGGGUGUUUCCAGGUCCCAAAUUCUUAUUAAGGAAUGAAAAUUUGAGGCAAAAAAGAUGUCUUUUGUUAUAUAUUUAAGCCGAAGACUGCGUACAGUUAGGCUAAUAGCUUUUUUCAUCCUUCUAGUGUUUAUAAUUUACUUAUUAGCAAGCUAUGAUAAAGAUUCUAGUAGUAGUUUUAAUUCCCCAUUAUCAGCACAACUUAGACAAGAUAAGAAAGACAGAGAGGUACCUAAGCUGGUCUCAGGGCUGGGUAAUUUCGAACCAGCUGAAAUAGAGGACAGGGAUGGUCCUGGAGAGAAAGGACAGCCCCAUCAUUUGAGGCAGGAUCAGCAAAACGAUGCUGACCAAUCAGAAUCAGACUAUGGAAUGAAUGUUGCAUGUUCAGAUGAAAUAUCCUUAGACAGAACAAUUUUAGACACUAGAUUAGAAGAGUGUAAACACUGGAAGUAUCCAACCAAUUUACCAACGACCAGUGUGAUAAUAGUGUUUCAUAAUGAAGGUUGGUCAGUUUUGCUGAGGACAGUACACAGUGUUCUGAACCGCACACCGAGUUAUAUACUGAAGGAAAUCUUGCUGGUGGAUGAUUUUUCUGACAAAGAAAAUCUGAAGUACGAUUUGGAGAAGUAUAUUGAUCAGUUUGACGGUAAGGUGAGGCUGAUCAGGAACGCUCAGAGGGAGGGGUUGAUCAGGACUAGAUCAAGGGGGGCUGUGGAGGCUAAAGGAGAAGUUAUAGUAUUUUUAGACGCCCAUUGUGAGGUGAACACAAACUGGCUACCCCCUCUCCUUGCCCCGAUAUACAGGGACCGUUCCACCAUGACAGUCCCCAUAAUCGACGGAGUUGACCACAAAACCUUCGAGUAUCGCCCGGUAUACGGCGAAGACCGCCAUUUCAGAGGCAUCUUCGAGUGGGGUAUGCUCUACAAAGAAAAUGAGGUGCCUCAAAGGGAGUUAAAGAAGCGGAAAUACAACAGCGAGCCCUAUAAAAGUCCUACGCAUGCUGGAGGAUUGUUCGCCAUUGACAGGAAGUUCUUUUUGGAGAUCGGAUCCUACGAUCCAGGAUUGCUGGUGUGGGGUGGGGAGAACUUUGAGCUCAGUUUCAAGAUUUGGCAGUGCGGGGGUAGUAUUGAAUGGGUUCCGUGUUCAAGAGUCGGUCAUGUCUAUCGCAGUUUUAUGCCUUACAAUUUCGGCAAGUUGGCCCAAAAGAAAAAAGGUUCCCUAAUUACAAUUAAUUAUAAGAGGGUUAUCGAAACGUGGUUUGAUGCCAAAUACAAGGAAUAUUUCUACACAAGAGAACCAAUGGCUAAAUAUCUGGAUAUGGGCGAUAUCACUGAACAACUCGCCUUGAAAGACAGGUUAAACUGCAAGAGUUUCCAAUGGUACAUGGAUAACGUAGCCUAUGACGUUUUGGAUAAAUAUCCAGAACUGCCACCGAAUGUUCAUUAUGGUGAAUUAAGAUCUUUGGCGGUCGAUGGCAAAUGUUUGGACACUUUGGGUCACGGUCCGCCAUCUUUGAUGGCAUUGCAGCAUUGCCACGGUUACGGCAAUAAUCAGCUGAUCAGACUGAACGCCAAGGGUCAGCUUGGAGUAGGGGAGAGGUGUAUAGAAGCGGACGCCCAAGGCAUUAAAUUAGCCUUCUGCAGGUUAGGUACAGUGGACGGCCCGUGGUCCUACGACGAGGAGACUCACACCUUGAUGCACAGGGUGCAUAAAAAGUGCAUGGCACUGCAUCCGCAGACUUCGCAUCUUUCUCUGAUGCCUUGUGAUAAAAACAACGCCUACCAUCAGUGGUUAUUUAAACAGCUCACUCCUAAAUGGUAGAAAACCUUUGUGUUUUUUAACUAGGUACGCCUAUGGUGUAGGUACUCACUGGAUAAGUUAAAUUAGUCGAUAAUACGAGGUAAAUAUUUUUUUUCUUGUGUACAGGGUGUCUCGUUUUCGUGUGUUUUAUGGGGUUUUUCUUUCAUGAGUAGAGAUACAAAGAUACGGUUCUUACAUCAUUUUGUUACUUAUUUCUUACAAACUUAGGUUUUUUUAAAUGAGAUAUCCUAAAUUUUUUUUAUUUAAUUUGCCUUAAUAUGAGCUUUCUAAAAUUUUAUUUUCAUUAA